UUCUCAUGUUUUUUUUACAGUGUUAUUACUCCCCAGUCACCUCCCAGUAUCUCCAUCAGUGACUUGAACAGUUCAGGGCCCUUCAGCACAUGGGGCAUCUCAGACACACUUGUGUUCCAGCUACUGAGGCAUGAAAUUACCUCUGCACCCCACCCCCCUCGAGCAUCUAAAAGAUGCUCUGCUGUUGAAAAACUUAACACAAAUAUUGGCAGUCCGGAGAGAGAGAACAUGAGAUGGAGACAAACACAACGCUAAUCAUCUGUUUAUAAAAGCAUCAACGCAUCGGAGAAGUGCUAUAUUAGCUCUGUUCUUUCUCUGGGCUCAGAAGGGACUGUUGAAAAUUAAUUGCAAAUAUAUUUGAUAGUGAAGAAGUGAGACGAAAGGCUGCGCCGUUAAAAUGUGUGUAACUGUAUUGGUGGGCUGAGACUGUCCUGUACAGGAAAACAGUAAAGCCCUGACUGAUCAUUUUAUCGGUAGAUAUUGGUCUAUCACAGAUGUAUCAUAUAUUUCCGUGGACAUAAUACAGAAAAAGAUGCUUAAAUUAGAGCUUUUAAUUAUGUUCUAUUUUGUGAUUUUUAAGUACUUAAGUUUUACCGUUUACUGUUGGAAAACCUGCCUCCAUUACACAUCUUUGUCAGUGUUUGAUAGACACGUUUUGGGGGAUCAUUGCAAAAAUGUGUUUAAAUAAGUAAAUAAGUUCUUAUAUAAUGAAGUUCUACAUUCAUUCAUUCAUCCAAACAUGAGGUGCUGGGGAGUUUGUUCCCCUCAUUAACACUCAUCUUGCAUUAAAUCCUGACUGCAUUUAAGGUCUGAAUGUUCAGUUUUUGUUUUUUCAAUGUUAUAGUCAUUUUGAAGGUUGUGGUUUGUGUUGAGCUGAACUGUUCUGUGGGGCGGCUGUGGCUCGGGACUAAUCAGAAGAUCACUGGUUCAAAUUGUGGCUCAGCUAGUCUGCAUGUUGAAGUAUCCUUGGGCAAGAUACUGAACUUCAAAUUGUUCCCGAAGGCUGUGCCAUUGGUGUGUGAAUGUUAUUAGCUCCUGAACUGUUGACCCUUCAUGGCAGCCAAAAGCAUCACUGUACGAAUGGGUGAACGUGAUAUGUAGUGUAAAAGCGCUUGAGUGGUUGGAAGACUAGAAAGGUGUACAAUAAGUACAGUCCAUUUACCAUUUACUGUUUUAUAUUGAGAGCUUCUUCUAACAUCUAUAAAUCACGUCUCAGAGUGUCUAUGUUAAAGCAAAAUACAUCUUUUUAUUUCUUUUAUAAAAGCUAAAAGGAACAAUUUAAAUGUAUGUAUAUAGUCAUAAUGAUCAUAAAGAAGUUACUCAUGACACUUUCCAUAUGGAGCAGGUCUAGACCGUACAGAACAAUAAUUGUGCUUCUUGUUAUUGAUUUUCCACUUUUAAAAUCAUCCCUCAUUCAGUGUGCAGAGAAGCAGCUGCAGAUGUAUGUGUACUUUGUGUACAAUGAAGUUUUAUUCUUCAGCUUGCCUUUGUACCGAUCUCUCUCCCUCCCUCUCUCUCUCCCUUUCUGUGUGUGUGCGGACAAUACCUUGACUUCCCCAGAGGAUUCUCUGCACUCCUAUACAUUACAGCAUCUGUGUGUGUGUAUGUGUGUGUGGGUGUGUGCGAAGUACGAGUGCACAGCUCUGUGUAUUUGUGUGUGCGACCUCUGUGUCCGUCCCACUGGCACCGGUAAAGCUCCCGUCGACCCAGAAACACUUCUGGCAAGAUUCCCUUUGUCUUUUCCACACCCAUCCUCAUGUGCCCUCUUCCUUUUUGGUAUUUCUCUCCUUUCAUGUGUGCUCACAAACUUCUUUCAUCUCAUCUUUUCAGUUUUUUUUCUUUUCAUAUAUUAUACCACCUCAUUCUCAUUUCCAAACAAAAGCAGCCCACCUGUCACUCUAAAUAUAUUCCCCUUCUUCCUUGUUUUCUUAUCUGUCACUCAUUUUAUUCUUCCCUGUAUCUAUUGUUUUCUGUCUCCACAUCGCUCCCCUUUAACUCUCAAACUCUCUCUUUUUCCAUUCUCCACCCAAACAUAUUUUCUUUCAUUGUUUCUCCCUCUAUCAGCCUCCUUUCCAUCUCACUCGUCUUUUCUUCUGCAAAGUAUCUUGUUUGUUUCCCCCCUCUCUCUCUCUCUCUCUCUCACACACUCUUUGCUCCCCCAUCUCUCUCUGUCUAUGUUUGUUUCAAUUACACCAUGCAGUUUUCUGAUCAUUGCAGCUGUAAUGAAACCUCUAAAACCCAAGUUCUCUCGCCAUAAAGAAGGCUUUCUCAUCAUCUGUCAUUCCUCUUUUCCUCUGGACCCUUCUACCUCUCAAACCCCAAAGCCGAAUGUCUUCUUCUUCAACGCACACGUCACCCUGUCUCCGGUGUGUAGUGUGGGUGUUAUGUGGCUGAUUUCCUUCUCUGUUCUUCUAAGACCAUCUUCACUCUAAUCAAUCACUCUGACCCAGAUAAAGCUAAGUUUAAACCCUGGCUGCUUUGAUGCUCUGACCCAUUUAACAAUACUUGUGUCCCUGCAGACAACAUCACUGCUGCUUUCAUUGUGUCCCCUCAGCUUGAGAUGCCCCAAGGGGAAAUAGCACGGAUGUCACACUGCAGAGAAGUAGAUAUCACUAAACUCUUCCUUGUAAGAGAGUCUAACAUUUACACAAUACCUGUGUUUCAGGUUACCACUUUAAAA